AUGUCGUAUAAUCAGUCUUCAGUGCAGAAGGCGUAUGUCAACACGGGGGGUUUUGGAACCCGUAGCGCAAUGCCUUUUGAUGAGCAGCUGCUGCAGCAACCGCAGCAGCAGCAAAUACCCAUAAGCCCACCGCCGUUCCAUUCUCCGAUCGCAUAUGAGACUCCAGUGAGUCAGUCAUCAGUCGGCAGUCAUAGCUCGUCGAGCAGUAGCAGCACUGCGAGCAGCUGCGGAACCAGCGUCGAGUUCGAGACUCUGAGAUUCAAGAAUAAUAUGUGCAAAUCCUUUGAAGACGACCUGUUUUACUGUCCCAGGUCUCUUCUGUCGGCGCAGGAACAGCUCACAUGUGAAAAAAUGGACAUAUUUAUGGCAGAGCAAAUGAGAGACGUUCAGAACCUGCAGCAGCAGAGUUCGUCACCAAGUCUAAGUUUUGCUAGGCCAAAGUUCAAUCCAUACACGUCGCAAAGUUUCAGUCCCGCUCCCAACGGCUAA